AUGACUGCAGCUUCGCGUCUCUUCCUGACGAGGGAGCUGACGUCCCAACGGCUCAGCGCCAGGAGAAAAAUACCAAAGUCAGACAAUAUUCUGGACAAAAUGGACCCUCAGCAGUUGUCCUUACUGAUGGGGACAGAAUGGCAGCUGUCCUUCGUCACGCCCAUGUACCAAUUCCGUUACACCCAGUUGAAAAGCUACGCCCGGCAACUCUCAGCGUUCAUGGCAGCGGAAACGCAGCGAGGUCUGGCACUGGAGGUGGGAGGAACGCUCGGCUUCAGGGUCUCCUUCUCGGUAGUCCGGGGUCUGGUUGGGACAGAUGAUGAUGCGGAGGCCGUCUUCAUACAGAUCGCCGCUCAGAACGCAUUCGGCAGAGCGGACGAGCAGGACAAGACGGCGUGGAAAGGCUGGCUGGCCUGCGUCAACGGCAAUGCCGACUACCCGAGAUCGCUCCCCAAAGAUUUCGUCUGUCUACCGCUCUUCGCCUGCAGUGGGAAGGAGGCCCUCACCGCUUUGGUGAAAUCCUGGUUCCAGCAGACCUUUGACUGCUGCUUGGGCUCCUUGGAGCUCAGCCACACCAGCUUGCAGUGGUUGCUGGCGUUGUGGACAGAGUGCCGUGUCGAGUCCAAAGCCAAGGAUCUGAAAAUGGUUUGGACACUUCCGGCGAAGCCGGCGCUUAGGGUGACCUACUCCGUGGACCCCGAGGACGCAUGGGAGCUUUGGAGCAGUGUGAGAACCUCGGUGGGGGAGACCGACGAACGCGAGAUCGAUUGGGAGGAGGUGAGGAGGCUCACCAAAGCACUGACGGGACACUUCUACCGAUACUUCCGAAUGGAUCUUUCGGCCGGGAAUCUCAGCCACCUGUCCACCACGAUGGGCGCGGCUAAACACGAAGGCAGAAUCAAGAUUUCCAACAGUAGAUGCUUGAGCGCGACGCUAACACUGCUGACAGAGUGCGCCCUCCUCAAAAUGCCCAUUUGA